AUGACUGACACCGAUGAUGUCAUGAAUGAAGAACGUCAAAUCAAUGAUGAUUAUAAAAUAUGGAAAAAGAAUUCGGCUUUUCUCUAUGAUUUAAUUAUGACGCAUGCACUCGAAUGGCCCUCACUUACGGUUCAAUGGUUACCUCAUGUAACAAAACCUGAAGAUAGUAAAGAAUGCACUGUUCAUCGUCUUAUUCUUGGUACACAUACAUCGGAUGAACAAAAUCAUUUGGUAAUUGCUUGUGUACAAAUUCCAAAAGAUGGUAGUGCAACUGAAUCAACUCAAUAUGAAUCCGAACGAGGAGAAUUCGGUGGCUUCGGUUUAUUCAAUGCUAAAAUUGAAAUUGAAUUAAAAAUAAAUCAUGAUGGGGAAGUGAAUCGUGCUCGUUACAUGCCGCAAAACCCAUCGCUUAUUGCAACAAAAUCUCCAUCAGCUGAAGUAUUGAUAUUUAAUCAUACAAAGUUAUCGAGUCUACCUAAAGACCAAAUAGUGGCUCUCAGUGCUGAAAAUUGUCCGGAAUUACGUCUUCGUGGACAUACAAAAGAAGGUUAUGGCCUAUCAUGGAAUCCAAAUACGAGUGGACAUAUUUUAUCAGCAUCCGAUGAUCAUACGAUUUGCUUAUGGAAUAUUGAAAAAACACCAACAGAAGGAAAAUUUGUUGAUCCAUUAGCAAUUUUCUCGGGACAUCAAGCUGUUGUUGAAGAUGUUGCUUGGCAUUUAUUUCAUGAAACACUUUUUGGUUCCGUUGGUGAUGAUUAUAAAUUAAUGAUUUGGGACACUCGUUCAUCAAAUUAUACAAAACCAUCGCAUGUUGUUGAUGCACAUAGUGCAGAAGUUAAUUGUUUAUCGUUUAAUCCAUUUUCGGAAUAUAUUCUUGCAACUGGUUCAGCUGAUAAAACUGUUGCUCUUUGGGACCUUCGAAAUCUUAAAUUAAAAUUACACACAUUCGAAUCUCAUAAAGAUGAAAUAUUUCAAGUUCAAUGGUCUCAUCAUAAUGAAACUAUUCUUGCGUCAAGCGGCACGGACAGACGUUUACAUGUUUGGGAUUUAAGCAAAAUUGGCGAAGAACAAACUAGUGACGAUGCUGAAGAUGGCCCACCGGAAUUAUUGUUUAUUCAUGGUGGACAUACGGCAAAGAUUUCUGAUUUUUCAUGGAAUCCAAAUGAACCAUGGGUCAUUUGUUCUGUAUCAGAAGAUAAUAUUAUGCAAGUUUGGCAAAUGGCUGAAAAUAUUUAUACGGAAGAUGAAACUGAAGCAAAUUCUGUCGAUCUUGAAUGA